AUGGCCCCUUGGCCUGAGUCGGAAAAUGCACAGUCCGACCCUAACAAGUAUAUCGAGGGGGCUGCAGAUCAACAGCCCGCUCCACCAACCAAAGACAAAGACAAAAGUGAUAGCAAUGCUCCCUCAACCAAGAUCGAGCUCUUGCCAUCCUACUCCACUGUGGCGCUGAUAGAAGAACCUGCCGAGGACAAUGACCCCUGGAACCUGCCUGAGCUCCAAGACACGGGGAUCAAGUGGUCAGACCGAGACACCAAAGGGAAGAUUUUCUGUGUCCUCCAAGGAAUUGGGAAGUUUCUUAUGCUCCUGGGAUUUCUCUACUUGUUCGUGUGCUCCCUGGAUGUCCUCAGCAGUGCCUUCCAGCUGGUUGGAGGAAAGGUGGCCGGACAGUUCUUCAGCAACAACUCCAUCAUGUCUAACCCCUUGUCGGGGCUGGUGAUCGGCGUGCUGGUGACUGUCUUGGUGCAGAGUUCCAGUACCUCCACGUCCGUCGUCGUCAGCAUGGUGUCUUCUUCCCUGUUGACCGUGCGGGCUGCCAUUCCCAUCAUCAUGGGGGCCAACAUCGGGACCUCCAUCACCAACACCAUUGUGGCACUCAUGCAGGCGGGAGACAGGACCGAGUUCAGAAGGGCUUUUGCUGGGGCCACCGUCCAUGACUUCUUCAACUGGCUCUCAGUGGUUGUUCUGCUGCCGCUGGAAGUCAUCAGCCAUUACCUCGAGAAUCUGACCAACGUUGUGGUGGAGAGCUUCCACUUCCAGAAUGGAGAAGAUGCCCCAGAACUUCUGAAAGUUAUCACGGAUCCCUUCACGAAACUCAUUAUCCAGUUGGACAAAAAAAUUAUCAGUCAAAUUGCGAUGAAUGACGAAUCAGCUCUAAACAAGAGUAUGAUCAAGAUUUGGUGCCAAACUUUAACCAGUGUGGCUGAGAUGAACAUCACCGUGCCCUCACCUGUCAACUGCACUUCCCCUUCCCUCUGCUGGACUGAUGGAGUUGAUACCUGGACCUUGAAGAACGUCACCCACAAGGAAAACAUUGCCAAGUGCCAGCACAUCUUUGUGAAUUUUGGCCUCCCGGAUUCGGCUGUGGGCUCCAUUCUGCUGAUCAUCUCUCUGAUGGUUCUCUGCGGCUGCCUGAUCAUGAUCGUCAAGCUCCUGGGCUCUGUGCUGAAGGGACAGGUGGCUGUUGUCAUCAAGAAGACCAUCAACACUGAUUUCCCUUUCCCCUUUUCCUGGCUGACUGGCUACCUGGCCAUCCUCGUCGGGGCAGGCAUGACCUUCAUCGUGCAGAGCAGCUCCGUGUUCACGUCUGCCAUGACCCCGCUGAUCGGUAUCGGAGUCAUAAGCAUUGAUAGGGCCUACCCACUCACGCUAGGUGCCAACAUCGGCACCACCACCACCGCCAUCCUGGCUGCCUUGGCCAGCCCGGGCAAUACGUUGAAGAGCUCGCUCCAGAUCGCCCUGUGCCACUUCUUCUUCAACGUCUCUGGCAUCCUGUUGUGGUACCCAAUCCCGUUCACCCGCCUGCCCAUCCGCCUGGCCAAGUGGCUAGGCAACACCUCAGCCAAGUAUCGCUGGUUCGCCAUCGUGUACAUCGUCUUCUUUUUCUUCCUGAUCCCAUUGAUAGUAUUCGGCCUCUCGCUGGCCGGCUGGCCAGUGCUGGUGGGGGUGGGGGUGCCCGUCAUCCUGGUGCUGCUCCUGGUCUUGUGCCUCCGGCUCCUGCAGUUCCGCUGUCCACACGUCCUGCCCAAGAAGCUCCAGAACUGGAGCUUCCUGCCCCUGUGGAUGCGCUCGCUGAAGCCUUGGGACCACCUCGUCACGCUGCUCACCGGCUGCUGCCAGAAGCGCUGCUGCUGCUGCUGUCGCGUGUGCUGCCGCCUGUGCUGCCUGCUGUGUGGCUGUAAGUGCUGCCGCUGCAGCAAGUGCUGUGAGGACUUGGAGGAGGGCCACGAGAGCCAGGACAUCCCCAUCAAGGCCUCCCAGGACACGGUCACGAGCAAGGAGGCCCAGGGCGAGACCAAGCUCCCCAUCGAUACCCUGGUCACAAAGAGCACGGCUUUCUAA